CGGAGGAAGAGGAGGAUACUAUUGGUCUUCAAUUGGGACAGGCAUCACAAGCCGACGGGCGCUUCUUUCGCCCGCCUUCCGCAAAACCCACAACUCGAAGAGCUUCCGCUUCAACGCCUUCCGCUCCUCUCCUGUAGAUCGACACCUCUCCGAUCCAACCUACGGAGUACUCCCGUAUUCACCGCACACCCUCGCCGCCAUGCCCGGACCCUUCACAUCGCGCUCCUUCAGCGCCACGCUCCCCAACACCUUCGCCUCUAAAUACCGCAAAGCCCUGCAAAAGCACCCCUUCCUACUCUUCGGACUGCCCUUCGUCACUACAAUAGUAGCCGGCUCCUUCAUGCUCACGCCCGCCACCGCCCUCCGGUACGAGCGCUACGAUCGCAAGAACCAGCAGAUGAGCCACGAGGAGGCCAUGGGCUUGGGGCAGAACAGGAGGAAGGUGGAUAUGCGGGAUGAAUAUUAUAGACUGCAGGCUAAAGAUCUAGAGAACUGGGAGCAGAGGCGGGUGAAGAGGCUACCGGGCGAGGUGGAUGGCAUCUUGGAAUGAGCCCCGUAAUUACAUAACUGUGCGGCAUAGACACGGCGUUCUCCGAAUCAGGCUCAACAUUGGGACAUCCAAGGCGUUUGGUAGAUGUUGCUGGAAGCAGGCAGAUACCUCUCCUCUCAAUUAGCGAGUCCGUUCUCUCUUAUACGGGGGGGAUCGUAGAUGGGCACCAAGAGAACUGCACUGUCUCUCGCUCCCUGGGGUAGCGAAUAUCCAAGAUUGAAUUGACCUUGGGUUUUGAAUGCCACGUAAGGCAGAUAUUAAAUAAGACAACUAAGCACAUAGUGGCUGUUAUCUCUAGAUACCCAAUCCAUCAUUAACUAUGCCCCAUG